CUGGCACACGAAAGCCAUCCAAGCUACACCUACAAGCUACUCCUAUACCUCUCACUCACAAGUCACGAGUGGUAAGCGAUCAAGACGUUGGCUGGUUGGCAGUGCUUCCUCCUGCAACCGCGAUGGCAGCGGCACAGGUUCAGCAAGUGAUCGCAGCACCGGCGCUGCACGACAAAACAGGCAUGAAGGAGGAAGACGCGAACCGUGAGAUGAUCCCAGCUGACACCCCCUGCACCGAGGUGGAAGAAGAACAAGCUCAUCAUGUGGAGGUGAGCAACAAUGGUGGCUCCACGGACGAGGGAGAUGUCCCCGCCAUGGGCACGGACGAUCAGGACCAGGGCAUAGUGAAGGAACUUGAAGCCAAGCUCUCCACCGAGCAUUGCCCCGUGGAAGCGGAAGCGAAGGAGCCCAAGGAAGAUCGACGACUCCGUUCGGGGAAGAAGGCAGAGAAAGCGGCCGCGAAGGGGGCGGUAGUCCCAGUCGACUUUGAGACUGACGAUGAUGAGGUGGCUGCUACAGGGGUGGCGAAUAAGACCGAGAAAGUGGCCGCCAAGGGGGCGGUCGUCCCCGUCGACUUUGAGAAUAACGAUGACGAGGUAGCUGUUGCGGCGGUGGUGGGGAAGAAGACCGAGAAAACGGCGGUCAAGGGGGCGGUUGUCCCCGUCGACAAUGAGGUUUUCACGCCGGCAAACCAGGCGCCGGCGAUAGCUCCUAUUGCUCUUGAUCAGGAGGUUGUUGCAAGAAGCGACUGAAGGGGGUCAGGCCCCACAAGAUGUGUGCGAGAAGAAGGCUCGCGGAGAGUAAGGGAUCUGAACAUCGGGUGUGAUUGAUGACUCGAUGAUCAAUAGUUCCAGUGUUAGUGGGAUAUUUCUUACGGCGGUUGUUGUUGUUGUUGUUGUUGUUGUUGCAUUAUCCUUAAUCGUAAUAAUAGGCCAAGUCAAUUAGGGUGCCAUAAACCCAUAAGGUUGCUAGGUUGCUAAUUUCGUCAAGUUAAGGUGGUAACCGAAGCAAUCAGGUGGAGUCAAUCUUUGUAUUUGAUGUCUUAGUAUCGUGUGGUGUACUACUUAUAAUAAAAUUGUGUUUCAUGUAUCUGAUAA